AUGAAAUUAAAUAACCUUGUCCGAGGAAGUGGAGUGACAGAUAACAAAUUUGACAUCACAGUAGGUAGAGAUGCGACAUAUUUAACUAGAAUCCAAUAUGCGCGACGUUUACCAACACGAACAAGAGGAGCUCUUAGAGCAAAGCGAGUCUUGGUAGUGGUGGCGCACCCAGAUGAUGAAUGCAUGUUUUUUGGACCUACAAUAUUCAGACUCUGUGAGCAAGGUGCCGAUGUUUACCUUUUAUGUUUGUCUAAUGGAAAUUUUGAAGGGAAAGGUAGCAUUCGAAAACAAGAGCUAUGGAGUGCUUGCCAGGAACUAGGUGUGCCCAAUCAAAACAUCUGUCUGGUCACAGACACAAGACUGAGAGACGAUCCUAAAUUGCACUGGCCAGUUUCUGUUGUUGCUAAACUGAUACAACAUGAUUUAGAGGCAUUAGAAAUAGAUACUCUUGUUACUUUUGAUAGAGGCGGUGUGUCUUCCCACAGAAAUCAUUCUGCCAUUUUCUAUGCUAUUGCAUAUAUGUUUGUUGAAAAACUAAUGCCCAAAAGAUGUACAGUGUAUACAUUAGACUCUGUAAAUAUAGUAAGAAAGUAUAUAAGUUUCUUGGAUAUUCCGCUUAGCUUUAUUUUGUCUUCCAAAAGAUACUUUCUACGGUGGACUGAGAGCAGACGCAUAGUCCGUGCUAUGAAACACCAUCAGUCUCAGAUGUUAUGGUUUCGUUACCUCUAUGUUUUUCUCUCCAGAUAUAUGGUUAUCAAUACUCUUAGAAGAAUAAGUCUAGCUGAUAUAGAACUUGAAUUAGAAUUAAAACUGAGACACAAAAUCCUCAAUAAUAGAGGUUAUCCGGCCUUUCUACCCAAAUGUCCGGCCAAACUAGCUGGGUUUAUCCCUAGAUUUGCAUCGACCCUUGAUGAUAAAGCUCCAGGUCAAUUCCACCUACCUAUCUCCCUCCGCCCGCACGUCAGGCAACUGGAAACCUGGCAUGCUACCGCCAAGCUUUCUAGAUAUAAGAUACAAAAUCUUAGCGAAUGUUAUAGCGAUAUUUAUUAUCAUGUUACUGCUAUUGACGAAUUAUAAAGAAUGGUGAUUAAGUUUUACAAACUUAAUCGUUUAUCCAACAAAUAGUAAAAUGAAACGAAAUAUCGCCAUAACAUUCAAAGAUGUCAUAUCCUAUGGUUAGAAUUGCACCCCAGACUAUCACCUGGAAAAUAUCUAGCUGCGUCAUUGCAAUAAAUCAUUCUUGUAAUGUUAAAAUUAAAUAUAUUUCUUGAACUUUCUACUCAUACUAUUGAAUUGAAUUGAAUAAUCGAAUUGAAAGUUCAAUUUAUACUUUCAACACUUAGAAUGCAUUAGACUUCCGUUAUGAUGCUCACUCUCCCAUAGAGUUCUAAUAAUUUUGUUGAAGUAUUUAAAAUUGUAUGUAUUUAAUUAUGUUUUAUUGAAUAUGGCACAAUGUCUGUUAUUAGACUUAUUAGUUAUAAAUUAUUUUAUACAUUUCAAAAAUGUAUUUUUUUGUGAAGUGCAUAAGAUUUAAAAAGUGUUAUUUGUCAUAGUUUUUUUUAUAUAUUGCGAUUUUAGCCAAAAAUGUGUGUGAAUGGUUAUCGCAAUUUUGUCCACCUCUAACGUGCCAAAGGACUCGUUUUUUUUUUUAAAUGAAACUAGAAUUUUCAUGUUCCUCUUACUCUACUUUGGACGUAUCACUGGAAAGCCCAAACUACAGAUCGUAUUAGAUUCAGCGCGGACGAUGUUUCUCUUUACAGCCAUUAGCUAUUCUUCAAAACGAGGUAGUUUUACAAAUAUAGCUCAAAAAUAUUUGAAAAAAUAAAGUAGUAUGUAUAUUGAAAGUAUUAUUUAUUAGGUAGAAGAAGCGUUUCAAAAAAUUAAAAAAAAAACAGAAACCCUCCUCCUUUUUGAUUAUGAAGUGUCGAUUUAUCAGACUAUACAAAACUGUGAAAUUUCGCCACUCGAUUUUGUUAUUACUUAUUACAUUUAAGGUAGAGGUUAAAAUACAUUGCAGAAAAUUGACAUACUGCGUUAACCUGUAUAUCAAAAAAGAGAAUCUGAAAUGGACAAUUUUUCAAAAAAUUUAAAAUACAUAACGGCAUCAAUUUGAUUUCCAGAACAACUUUUUAAGAGUUGUUUUGAAUUUUCUAUUAGGAAAUUUUGAUCUGCUCGGAUACGUAAUGCGAGAUGUAAAGAAAUUCCUUUCUGUUCGAAGUGGGUAGGAUUGCGAUCACCAUAUAAAACGGAAUGAUUGUUAAUUAGAUAAGAUUAAGUAUAGAUAAUGAAUAUGUAAUUGUUUUAUACUUAAAUGUCAAUUCCAUAUUAAUUUACCGCCUUUAGGUGAGGGAUGUUUAAAAAACUCGUUUAGAUGUAUUAUAUUAAACUUAUGGGUUUUCCCCUUAAGUUUAAUACACACAUUUAUGUUUCGUUUAUUAUGCCGCUACAGAAAAUAUCCGUUUCAUAGUAAUGAAUGAAACAUUACUCAACAACUAUUCAAACAUGUUUUACCUUUAAUAGGUACCUACUUUUUCGAAAAUAAUCAGUGUGUAGAGUUGAAAGCAGUUUUAGUUCAAAAUACGUGCUGUAUGAAUAAAAAAUGACUCAACCGGUAAACGAACCUGGACCUGUCUAUGUCACUAUAGAAUAUAAUUUAUAAAUGACAAUUUAUUAUGAGAUGUCAAAAAAUUACUUAUGUAUAUCGAAAUUAUGUUGUUUUUUUUAUUAUUUAAUUUUAAGGUAUUUUGUGUACAUACAUUAUAAAUGUUUUAUGGAUUGGACGGUCAAUGAGUAAACUCAAACAAUUAAAUUUAAAAUUUCAUUGUUCGUGACUUGUUUAGUUAUUUUUUCUCCAUUCCAUGCUCUUCCUUUCCUUAUUGU